UCAUUGGUCCUCAUACAUUUUGUGCACCACACCACUAAUGCUCUCCUCAAAUGGCCACCAAGAACCAGGCUUCAUCAAGCAAUGGUAAUUGUGAGAGUGACUGCAAGGAGAUUCAUGAUUCAUGGGGAAGGCUAAGCCAUCUGGUUAGAGCUCUGGCUAGCCGAAAUCAACCUGAACGUAGAGAAAUUCGAAAGACAUACAUGGCAAUGUAUGGGGAAGACCUUAUUAAUAGGUUCAAGGAGGCACAAAUGAGCAGCCAAAGUAGUGAUCGGUCUGGAUUUUCAUCCAAGAUAUUUGCAGCCAUGUCCAUGUGGAUGCUUGAUCCAAUUGAGCGCGACGCGGUAGUGGCUAGGGAUGCUCUUGAGCAGAGUGACAUCAACUACAAGGCUCUAGUAGAAAUUUUGGCGUGUCGAAAAUCAAGUCAUGUUCUUCUCAUCAAACAAGCUUACCACACAAGAUUUAAGAGGCAGUUGGAUCAAGAUAUCAUCAGCAUUGAGCCUCCUCACCCAUUCCAAAGGAUACUGGUGGCAAUGGCUGCAUCACAUAGUGCCCACCACGCAGAAGUUAGCCACUGCAUCGCCAAGUACGACGCAAGAAGGCUCUACCAAACAGGGGAGGGAAGAGCUGGGGCGAUAGACGAAGCUGUUGUGCUAGAAUUACUCAGUAAAAGGAGCAUUCCACAACUCAAGCUCACAUUUCUUAGCUAUAAGCAUAUCUAUGGACAUGAUUAUAGUCAGUCACUAAAAAAUGGGAACUAUGGGGAAUUUGAAGAUGCAUUGAAAGCAGUAGUGAAAUGCAUAUACAAUUCACCAAAAUACUUGGCAAAGACAUUGUAUGCAAGUAUAAAGGGCAUAACAGCAGAUAAUGGCGGUUUGGCCCGAGUGAUGGUGAGCAGGGCUGAGGUUGACAUGGAUGAGAUUCAAGGGGUCUUCAAGAAGAAAUAUGGGAUGGAAUUGAAAGAUUCAAUAUGUGAAAGCAUUUCAUCAGGGGACUACACAGAUUUUCUUGUUGCUUUGGCCACGAGAGCAGGAACAACUGUUUCUUCAUGAUAUAUAAUUUGCUCCAAAUUGUGUUUUAUAAAACAGAGUUGUUUCAAUAGUGUUUUGGAAACAGAGUUGUUUCAAAAGAUUCUGAUUAUCUGUUUUUCUUCUUGUGCAUAUUUAUUAUUAACCACCAAUAUGUAGUUUUGUGUAAUUAU